UUAAUCGUAUUUAGUGUAAUCGUCACCCACAUUGAUAUUGUAUCAAACAACAGUUGUGCAUCAUUUAUUACGGUUCUACGUAAUUAUAAACAAAGAUAUGUUUCGUUUGUAUUGAUUGUUGCUUACUAUUAAUACAUACUUUUUUAAAUGUGUAGUACACUAUAAUAUUGUGAAAGUUUAUGGAUAUAAAAUCUAUCUUAAAACAAAGGCACUUUAAAUAAAUAAAAUAUCUUAAGUAAUACGAAUAUGGAUGAUGAUGAUCAAUAUCAAAGUGGCUAUGAUGUAGGUUCAUUUCCUAAAGAUUUUGGAUAUGCACCAUUUGAUGGAGAAACGGAAGGAUCAAUGGAUCCUUUAGCAGGAGAACAAAAACCUAGGAUACUUUUAAUGGGUCUUCGAAGGAGUGGGAAAUCAUCAAUACAAAAAGUAGUUUUUCAUAAGAUGUCACCAAAUGAAACAUUGUUCUUGGAAAGCACAAAUAAGAUUAUUAAAGACGACAUAAGUAACUCUAGUUUUGUUCAGUUUCAAAUUUGGGACUUUCCAGGGCAAAUUGACUUCUUUGAUCCCACUUUUGACAGUGACAUGAUAUUCGGUGGUUGUGGAGCAUUGGUUUUUGUUAUCGAUGCUCAAGAUGAUUACAUGGAAGCACUUAAUAAACUCCAUUUAACAGUUACAAAAGCAUACAAAGUUAAUCAAGCAAUAAAAUUUGAAGUGUUUAUACACAAAGUUGAUGGUUUAUCCGAUGAUUGUAAAAUGGAAACACAAAGGGAUAUACAUACUAGAGCAAAUGAUGACCUUGCAGAUUCUGGAUGUGAUCAAAUACAUCUAAGUUUUCAUCUGACAUCUAUAUAUGAUCAUAGUAUAUUCGAGGCAUUUAGCAAAGUUGUUCAGAAAUUGAUACCACAGUUACCAACUCUAGAAAAUUUACUUAACAUACUUAUAUCAAAUUCUGCGAUUGAAAAAGCAUUCUUAUUUGACGUAGUAUCUAAGAUUUAUAUUGCCACUGAUAGCUCUCCUGUAGAUAUGCAAAGUUAUGAACUUUGUUGUGAUAUGAUUGAUGUUGUUAUUGAUGUAUCUUGUAUAUAUGGUUUGAGAGAGGAUCUAGAGGCUGCAGCAUUUGACAGUCAAAGUUCCAGUCUGAUUAAACUAAAUAAUGGAACAAUUUUAUACUUGCGAGAAGUUAAUAAAUUUUUAGCUCUAGUAUGUAUAUUACGAGAAGAUAAUUUUGACAGACAAGGUGUAAUUGACUACAACUUUCUUUGCUUUCGUAAAGCUAUACAACAAGUGUUUGAAUUACGUAAUAAGGCUCUAGCUUCUACAAAUGUUAAUAAUCAUUCAAUCUCGCCCGUUAACGAAACUUCAAACGCCUCUACGGUAUCGCAAAGUGGAACCAUGGGUCAGAAUGGUACUGUUGUAAUUGCACAGAGUUAAUUUCUUUAUACAAUGUUUAGAAUUUUUAUUUAAACCUUACAUAAACAGUAAGGCUUUUAUCACAGAUAUUUUUCCAUUUUUAUU